CACAAACAAGGUUUCAUCAACCGAAUCAUCUCCUAGCUACCUCUCUCUACAUAGCACUUUCUGCAGAAGAAGUCUCUUACCUUUAAGGCAUAUACAAGUGAACAUUCAUUUUCUGUAUUGAUCCAAGAUGAAGAAUUCAACUCAGGAACAAGUUAUUGGAAUUCCAAUCACCUCAGCAGCAAACGCAGUUGAGAGAAUGCCAAGAAUUCUCUUACUUGAAAAUGCUGCCCCAACCUAUGUUCCAACUCCUGCAAAUAAAUCCCUCGCAGUCAAGCAAGAUAAAGUAGAUUCAGUGCUUAAAAGAAUGAAUAAGCUAGGGAAAAAAGCUGACAAGUUUGCACAUGGCAUAAGAGAGCAUGUGAGACUGGGAGCCAAGAUCACUGAAACUCUGAAAGGAAAGUUGAGCUUAGGAGCUAGAAUUCUUCAAGUAGGAGGAGUAAAGAAAGUGUUUAGGCAGUUAUUUACAGUUAGAGAAGGAGAGAAAUUGUUGAAGGCUUGUCAAUGUUAUUUGUCAACCACAGCGGGUCCUAUCGCAGGACUUGUCUUUAUCUCCACUGACAAGAUUGCCUUCUGCAGUGAGAGAUCAAUUAAAUUGUCUUCUACAGAAGGGAAAAUAGCCAGAAUCCAUUACAAGGUUGUGAUCCCACUGAGGAAGAUAAAAACAGCGAAUCAAACUGAAAAUGUGAAGAAGCCAUCACAAAAGUACAUAGAGAUUGUGACUGUUGAUGAUUUUGAUUUCUGGUUAAUGGGUUUCUUAAAUUACCAGAAAGCUUUCAAAUGCCUUCAGCAAGCAAUAUCUCAAGCCUGGACGAAUGCAAGUCACUCCUUGUGACUUGAAAAGAACCCUUCACUUUUAUUCAUCUCAUCAAAUAGCAUGAUGAUAUGUCAACAAAAUUUGUUGACCACAAAAGAUUGUACAAAAAUUUUACUAAUGAGAUUGCUUCUUGAUUUUUCAAGCUCCA